AUGAGUAGGUCCUCUAGCACAACAACGAACCUGCCAUUUGUUUCUAGGUCUGCCUUCGAGGCCCUCACCGUCGAUGACGGGGAAGACACUGAGGACGAACAGCAAGAGGAAGAAAUACUGCAGACACAGGUGACCAGCACCGAGCAUGCGAAGCCAUCGAAAUCUCAAAUCAAGAAGGCUCAAAAACAAGCUCGUAUUGAAAAGCGAAAACAACUCAAAGCCUCCUCAAAGGCAGGUACCGCGGAUAGUUCACCUAGACAUACGCCCUCUCUGGAAGAGUCUAUUGCGCGUACGGCUGAAGCAGCGGCAGAUGUUCCUCCUACGAAACAUAAUGCUCCCGAGGCAAGGCCCGCCGCAGAGCCACAACACGAGCCAACGCCCCAGCCGGAGGUAGAGGAACCAUCGCAUCCACAAUUUCCUAUUAACGGAGAUGUGCACCAUGCGGAUGUCGCGGAAAACAACUCUACACCACACCCCCUCCCCAGCAAGUCGCUGGACGAUGAAAGACUGUCUGUCUCAAAACCUGACGUCGAGCAGGCACUCAAAAGCGAGCCCGACCCGCAAGAAGUCGAACGCACAAAGAAACGACAAAGCAUCCUAACACGAACAUUAUGGACGUUCAUCAUGAUCGGAGGUUUUAUUGCUCUGCUACUCAUGGGCCAUGUUUACAUGAUAAUGCUUGCCAUGCUGUGUCAGACGCUCGUCUACCGCGAGGUUACUGCUCUAUUUUCGCUCAAAAACACUGCCGCGGAAUCAGGCGAGAUAGAAAAUAAAGGAAAGAAAGAUCCAUGGAGCAAAACUCUCAACUGGUACUUCUUUGCAGUCACCAACUAUUUUCUGUACGGGGAGAGUAUUAUCUACUACUUCAAGCAUGUUAUAUUCUCGGAUGGCCAACUGCUUCCUUUCGCUACCAAUCACAGAAUCAUAAGCUUUACGCUAUAUACCAUUGGCUUCGUUGGUUUUGUCAUGUCUCUCAGACGUGGAUUCCUCAAGCAGCAAUUCGGCCUCUUCUGCUGGGUUCACAUGAGCUUGCUACUGGUCGUUGUCUCUGGUCACUUCAUCGUGAACAAUAUCCUUGAAGGCAUGAUUUGGUUCUGGGUUCCUGCCUCAUUGGUUAUUUGCAAUGAUAUCUUUGCAUAUGUGUGGGGCAUUACCGUCGGGCGCACACCUUUGAUCAAGCUCUCGCCGAAGAAGACUGUUGAAGGGUUUGUGGGUGCCUUCUGGAGCACCCUCCUGUUCAGUGUGCUCUGGGGCUCGUACUUCAUGCGCUUCAACUACAUGAUCUGCCCUGUACAUGAUCUUGGAGUCGAUGCCUGGAGUAAUGUCCAGUGUACGCCCAACCCAGUGUUUGUCUGGAAGGUGUGGCAAAUCUGGUCGCCUCUCAGGGUAUUUCUUUCGCGGCUCCUGGGAAAAUCAGUAACUGUGAUUCCCUAUGCACCAUACCAACUACAUCUCCUGGUUUUCGCAGUUUUUGCGUCCCUCGUGGCACCGUUUGGAGGUUUCUUCGCGUCUGGUUUUAAGCGCGCCUUCAACAUCAAGGAUUUUGGCCACAGCAUCCCUGGUCAUGGAGGAAUGACCGAUCGCAUGGACUGCCAAUUCCUCAUGGGCGUCUUUACCUACGUUUAUUACAGUAGCCUUAUUCGAGAACACCACGUCAGCGUGGGUUCUAUCUUGCAGAUGAUCGUUAGUGGGCUUACCGUUGAUGAGCAGUUGGAGUUGAUCAAGGACCUAAAGAAGUACAUGCAAGGUCAAGGCAUCGCGAUAGCAUGA